AUGGAUAGAGUUGGUAGGUUUCCUGUACCCCGAUAUGCCGCUAUAAAGGUGAAGGGAAAAGGCGGAGGACCUACCACGCACCCUAGAGCUACUGACCAAAGGUUUCUAGGGAGAUCAGUCCACCUGAAAUACCAAGAUUGGCAGUUUUAUUUUGUGCAGGCGCACUUAGGACUUGCUUACAGGAAUCGAGAAACCCUGCUCAGCACUGCUGCGCCAUUGACUAUGGAAAUGCGGGCCCAUCCCCUUCAUUGCCAGCACAUGGGAUUUGCGACGUAUCUGUUGGGAAGCCUUGCAUAA